GAGCCACUCUCUUAAUUUGAUUUCUUUCCUUUUGUUUCUUUUCUCACCGAAUCUUAGUCUCAAGUCGGUCCUUAGCCAAAUACAAUAGGGUUGUUUUACAGUUAAACAAAUUACGAUUUUGCAACAAAAACAAUUUUCUGGUCUCUCUCUCUCUCUCUCUAUAUAUAUAUAUAUAUCAACCUUUGAGAGUACUGAACCUUUCUCUGUUCUCUUCACGGUGAGUUUGUAAAGACUAAAGGUUGAAUCUUUAAUUCAUUCACGGUGAGUUUGUAAAGACUAAAGGUUGAAUCUUUAAUUCAUUCACGGUGAGUUUCUCUGUUUGAUGAUUAAUGGCGGUUUCGCUCAUUUCUUAUCCAUUGGAUAAGAAAAAAAGAAGAGUUGUUUGUGAAUUCUUGUAGAUUGCAUUAUAACUUCAAGUUCUUAUUAGUGAUUUGUUACCAUUUGCGUCUUUAACUCUUUAUCUGAAAACAGAGUCUCUCUGGUUGACCAAAUCAACACAUCACAAUCAUGAAUCACACUUAUUGAUUACAUAUCUCACACAUAUCCGAAUCUUUAUUUUCCAGUAGCAGCAACAUGUCUUGUCCCCGUCACUAAUUGAGUGCACCGCAUAGUUCAGUUUGUGUUUGUGGUUUUCAUUUAAAGUUGGAUUCGUCUUUUUAUUUUCAUUGUAGAAGAAGAUGGUUACCUUCGGGAAGAAGCUCAAGGAACGGAGUAUUCAAGAAUGGCAAGGAUAUUACAUUAAUUACAAACUGAUGAAGAAGAAAGUGAAACAGUACAGUCGCCAGUUAGAAGGAGGGAAUCUUGAACGUCGCCAUGUUCUUAAAGAUUUCUCUAGGAUGCUUGAUAAUCAGAUCGAGAAGAUAGCUCUUUUCAUGUUGGAGCAACAAGGAUUGCUUUCAAGUAGGCUACAGAGACUAAGGGAGUCGCAUGAUGCUCUUCAAGAGCAGCCUGAUAUAUCUCUUGUAACUAAUCUUAAGGAGGAGUACAGAGCUGUUGGACAAGAUCUUCUCAAGCUUCUGUUUUUCGUUGAGAUGAAUGCUAUUGGUAUCCGUAAGAUACUGAAGAAGUUUGAUAAACGACUUGGUUAUAGAUUCACAAACUAUUAUGUCAAGACUCGUGCUAACCAUCCUUAUUCUGAACUUCAGCAAGUCUUUAGACAUGUGGGCCUUGGAGCUGUUGUUGGAGCUGUAUCUCGUAACCUUCAUGAGCUUCAAAACAAUCAAGGAAGCUACUUAUCGAUUUAUGAUCAGCCAGUUCUUCCACUCCAGGAUCCUGUUGUGGACUCAAUUAGAGCAGCAGUGGAUAGGCUAACUCGGUCAACAAACUUUCUACACUUUAUGGCUCAGCACGCGCUUAUAAUGCAAGAAGAGUUACCGAGUCCACAAGAUGAGGAAGGGGAAGAAGAAGAUGGGAGAUAUCACUUCAUGUCUCUAUUGUUGAAUUUGGUUAACACGUUUCUCUAUAUGGUCAAUACAUAUAUCAUUGUCCCUACAGCAGAUGACUAUUCCAUGAGCCUCGGUGCAGCAGCAACGGUGUGCGGUGUUGUAAUUGGUGCUAUGGCUGUAGCUCAGCUUUUCUCUUCAGUUUACUUCAGCGCCUGGUCCAAUAGAUCCUACUUUAAACCCCUCAUAUUUAGUAGCAUUGUCCUCUUUAUUGGGAACUUGUUAUAUGCAUUAGCUUUUGACCUCAACUCAAUAGCAGUUCUCUUGAUUGGUCGGCUUUUCUGUGGGUUGGGAUCAGCAAGAGCAGUGAACCGGAGAUAUAUAAGUGACUGUGUACCGUUAAAGAUCAGGAUGCAGGCUUCAGCCGGGUUUGUUAGUGCAAGUGCUCUAGGAAUGGCGUGUGGUCCAGCGCUUGCUGGUCUAUUGCAAGUCAGAUUCAAGAUCUAUAAAGUUACAUUUAACCAAGAUACAUUGCCGGGGUGGGUUAUGGCUAUAGCUUGGCUUAUGUACUUAGUCUGGCUAGCUAUUUCAUUUCGGGAGCCUGCACUUCACCCUGAGGAGAUUCCUAAGACUUCAGAAGAGUCUAAUAACUCUGUCCAUGAUGUGAAUCUGGAGAAAGGUAUAAAACAACCAUUGCUGAUUACAGCAGAAGAAAUAGAAGAACAAGGUGAAGAUGAAUGUGAUGGAAGCGAAGAAGCUGCUGAAGAUUCCCGUGCACCUGCAAACUCCAUUGUAGCUGCUUAUAGGUUACUUACACCUUCAGUAAAGGUUCAACUAUUGAUAUACUUCAUGCUGAAGUAUGCAAUGGAGAUUCUUCUCUCUGAAUCUAGUGUCAUCACAACUUAUUACUUCGGUUGGUCCACGAGCUCAGUUGCCAUCUUCUUGUUUUGUCUUGGUCUCACGGUUCUUCCUGUUAACCUCGUCGUUGGAAGCUACAUAAGCAACAUGUUCGAAGACCGGCAAAUCCUGUUGGUCUCGGAGAUCAUGGUCUGUGUAGGAAUACUUCUCAGCUUCCAUGUAGUUGUUCCUUACACUGUUCCACAAUACGUUUUCUCAGGACUCAUCAUGUUUGUUUCUGCAGAAGUUCUUGAAGGUGUUAAUCUAUCGUUACUCUCGAGAGUAAUGUCGUCGAGGCUAUCGAGAGGGACUUAUAACGGAGGUUUGCUUUCGACGGAGGCUGGCACGAUCGCACGUGUGAUUGCUGACGCAACGAUCACGGUGGCUGGUUACUUAGGACGGGAUAUGCUUUUGAAUGUCACGCUGCUUCCGUCUCUAGUCAUUUGUGUUUUGUCCAUCGUAGCUACUUGUUUUACUUAUAACUCCAUGUAUUAGUAGUACAAAUUUUAUCCCUUAAUAACCAAAUCGUUACAAUUUGAACCAAAAA